AUGUCUGUGAGCAGUUUGAGUCAGAAACAGAGUAAAGGCAGUAUUACGACUCCUGCUUAUGUUCGCAGAGGGAAUGCCAAAGAACCAAGUGUUGAUUACUCAUUAUAUCCACCGUUUAUAAAACAGAUCGAUGCUAAGCUUCCUGAUUAUGAACGUGAGGGAGACGUAGAAUAUCCUUUCGAAGAAACAACGGGAGUUGGAGAUGAAAACCGAAUACGAGGUAAUUGGUGCUCUAAAUCAGAUUAUCUCCUAGCGGCCGUCGGUUUUACAUUUGGUUUAGGAAACUUAUGGAGAUUUCCUGUUUUGGUCUUCCAAAAUGGAGGUGCUGCCUUCUUCAUUCCUUAUUUGACAUUACUCAUUCUUGCGGCUCUGCCGAUGUUUUUCAUGGAAGCCGUUCUUGGUCAGUUUUCUUCCUUAGCAGCUAUUGCAGUAUGGAAAGUUGUUCCUUUAUUCAAAGGAAUAGGCAUAGCUAUGGUUUUAAUUAGUUGUGUACUUGCCAUAUACCUCAACAUAGUUUCAUCUUGGUCAUUAUUCUAUUUGAUCAACUCUAUAAGUUUCUCAUUGCCGUGGAGUAAUUGCGAGAACUCAUGGAGUGGAUUGAAUUGCACGAUGGGUACAAGAAUGACUUGUACGGCUAUGAAUGGAACUCUUCUUGUUAAUGGUUCAUGUAUUGUUCAGCAGGCGAAUUCUACAGUGAGUAUAAUGACUCUUCCUGACCAACAGACUAUUCCCAGUUUACGUUACUUUCAUAAUGACGUUCUUAUGUUAUCUGGAGCCUUUGAUGAUGUUGGUACGUUGAACUGGUACCUUGGUAUAUGUGUGCUAGUAUCUUGGAUCGCAGUGUUUCUCUGUCUGUUUCAAGGGGUUAAGAGCAGUGGAAAAGUUGUUUAUGUUGUUGUUCUGCUGCCUUUUAUCAUUCUUGCUGUCAUUCUCACCAGACUUCUUACCUUGGAAGGAUCAGUUGCUGCUCUCAUUCAUUUCUUGAAACCGGAUUGGUCUGUUUUGAAAGAUCUGAAGGUUUGGGGGGAAGCCGCUGUUCAUGCCUUCUAUUCUGUUUCUGUCUGUACUGGUGGAAUAACCACUUUGUCAAGUUACAAUCGUUUCCACAACAAGCUAUUCAAAGACAUAUGGAUCAUUUUAAUAAUCGAUCUUCUUGCGUCUAUCGUUUGUUGUGUGUUGACAUUCUCUGCCAUAGGGUUCACGUGUUUCGAAUUCUCGAUAGCUUUAGAUAAGUUCCAUAUCAAAGAUGGUUUCCAUCUUGUUUUCGUUUUCUUGGCUGAGGCAUUGGCUGGUGUACCUGUUGCACCUUUGUACACAGGAUUAUUCUUCUUGAUGCUACUGCUUGUUAUCCAUUCUACUCAAUUAUUUGUGGUCGAGACUAUCGUUUCUUCGUUGUGCGAUGAUUUUCCUGAACGAUUGCGAAAAAAUCGACGACAUGUACUUACUUCUGUCUGCGCAUCUUUCAUUCUCUUGAGUAUUCCCUUCUGCUUAUCAUCUGGGUUGUACUGGCUUCUACUAUUAUCCAAGUUUACUAUAACAUGGCCUUUAGUUGUUUUGGCUUUCCUGGAGUGCAUGGCUAUCAGUUGGGUAUAUGGCGUUGAUAACUUAUUAGAUAAUAUUAAAUGGAUAACGGGCAGUUACCCACCGUGUUACAUCUUCUGGAAGUUGUUAUGGAAGUUUUUCUGUCCCAUAACCUACUUGGCAAUUCUCUGUUUUCUAUGGUUGGAAUGGCAGUCUCUGAGCUAUGAUGCUUACGUCUUCCCAUAUUGGGCAAUGCUUCUCGGAUGGGCUAUCAGCAUAUUCCCAUUGUUAUUCAUACCAAUAACAGCCUUGUAUCAAAUUUGUAUCGCUCGUGGAAACUUGACGCAGAAAUGGCAAAGUGUAUUAAAUCCUGAUGAUUCAUGGGGACCUGCCUUAGCUAUUCACAGAGCUGAACAUUUCCCCCUGCAAAUACCAGAAGCUCGCCGAUUACUCCUUCCUCCAGAGGUUGAAAUUGCUGGCAGUCCUGCUCCACAGAACAUCGUAAAAGAAGAAGACGAUCCUGCUGUUAGUGAGAGUGCCUCAGCUGAUCCCAGAUCAACCAAAGCGACUAUCAACUGUCGCAGUAAUGCCCCGACAGUUAACAGUUUGCCAACAUUUGAACGUGAAACGGCAAUUUAA